AUUGCUGCCCCCACCCUGCUGCUGUACGUGGACGCUGGGAAGGACACCAUGGUGAAACGGCUGCUGAAACGGGGAGAAACCAGCGGGCGCGUGGAUGACAACGAGGAGACCAUCAAGAAGCGUUUGGACACCUAUUACAAGGCCACCGAGCCGGUCAUCGCCUAUUACGAGAAGAAGGGAAUUGUACGCAAGGUCAACGCGGAAGGCACGGUAGAUGAAAUCUUCAAGCAGGUCUGCACUCACCUGGAUGUCCUCAAGUAAACUCCUGGAGGAGCUCUCCCAUCUUUUCAUCCUCCCCCCCCCACUCCCUUCUUCCAAGACCUAGACCUGUGUAGAUGCGCCCCCUCCUCUCCCCUCCGCUCUGCCUCCCUUUUCAUCUCCAAAGACCGCCGGGGGAGGAAGUGGCUUCAUCCUGUUUUCGUGGACAGAGGCCCGUGGAGGAAAUUGCAAGGACAAUGCACUUGGCUUCCUUAAACCUCCUCUCCCAAAGUAAAGCUGGCUUUCGUGAGAUGA